CACGGCAGUGCCUGAUGGACGCCCCGCCUCUGUAGGGGUGCCCUUGAAAGAUUCCAGCUGGUGUGGGCUUUCUGCAGAGCUAGUCCAGGCUACUAUGGCUGUACCACUAACAGCAGCUAAAACUCUGGCCCUUCAGGAUACACAGGAACAAGAGAAGAUUGUUAUUUUGAAGCCAAAAGAAGAGGAACAGUCUUGGGAAUAUGAGACCAGGCUACCUGGGAACCACUCUAGUAGCCAAGAGAUCUUCCGUCAGCGCUUUAGGCAGCUCUGCUACCAGGAGACCCCUGGUCCAAGGGAGGCCCUGAGCCRACUACGGGUACUCUGUUGUGAAUGGCUAAGGCCAGAGAGACACACCAAGGAGCAGAUCCUGGAUUUACUGGUACUGGAACAAUUCCUGACCAUCCUGCCUGAGGAACUCCGGUCCUGGGUGCGGGAACAUCACCCAAAGAGUGGAGAGGAGGCUGUGACUGUCUUGGAAGAUUUAGAGAAAGGACUUGAACCAGGACUGCAGGUUCCAGGCCCUGCAGAUGGACCUGCACAGGAAGACCCGUGGGAGAAGAAGGCAUCUCUGGGACCAGCCCAGGAGGAACCAAGCAUCCAGGUCCAACCUAAAGAGACCCAGCUCAAGUGUGAAUCUCAGGAGACCCAGCCUUUGCCAGAGAGUGAACAGGUAUUUUUACAUUUUCCAUCAGUUGUUGCAGAAGAUGGCCCAAAACCCAAGGACAAAGGAUCACUGCCACAGCUGUCCAUUACCAAAGUGGAAUCACAAGUGUUCUCAGAAAAACUCACUACUGACAAUUCUCCAUUUGAAGCUACCUCUGAAGUUGAGGGCACCUUAGAACAGCAGCAAAAAAAUUCCAAAGCAAAGAGACGGAAGUGGUCCCCUGCUCAAGGGAAAAGUUUCAGACAGAUGGUUGUCACAAAUAAGAAAACUCCCACAGGGAAGAAAGACCAUGAAUGUAGUGAAUGUGGGAAAGCCUUCAUUUAUAACUCACAUCUUGUAAUCCACCAGAGAAUUCAUUCUGGAGAGAAACCCUAUAAGUGUAGUGACUGUGGGAAAACUUUCAAUCAGAGCUCAAACCUCAUUCAGCAUCAGAGAAUUCAUACUGGAGAAAAACCCUAUGAAUGUAGUCAAUGUGGAAAGGCCUUCAGGUGGGGUGCUCAUCUUGUUCAACAUCAGAGGAUUCAUUCAGGAGAGAAGCCCUAUGAGUGCAAUGAGUGUGGGAAGGCCUUCAGUCAAAGCUCAUAUCUUAGUCAGCACCUGAGAAUUCACAGUGGAGAGAAACCUUUUAUAUGUAAAGGAUGUGGGAAAGCUUACAGAUGGAGUUCAGAGCUUAUUAGACAUCAGAGAGUUCAUGCUAGCAAAGAGCCUUCCCAGUGUAUUGAAGAUGAUAAAGUCUCCAGACAGACUUGUACUUUUGUCUAAGCUACUUAAGACUAGAUCUCAUAAAAGUUAUAAGCAUCUUAARGUUUUUCCUGUGUCUUUCUUGAUUUAGGAAAAACUGUCCAUGUAGUGUCAACUGAAGAUUUUAUUAAUUCAUGUCCUUUUAUUAAAAUUAACAUAGCCAUAGGAUACCUUUGGCUAUAAGUAAUAGCCAAAUUGUGCUGCUGCUUCUCUCUGGCAGAUCUUGAACCAGACUCUUAGCUGCCCACCAAUAAAAUAAGGAUAGUAAUGCCUACUUCAGUAAAGUUCUAAUGCUAGCACAGCAUAACUGCUCAGUGUCCUGGGCACACUGGUCUACUUYCUUGGAGAGGGUCACAUCUGCAAACGUCCAAGCAGGAGACAGAAUCCACACUAGUAAUUUGAAAAAGGAAAGUUUAAUAUAAAGAAUWAACUAGUAAAGGGUAUGAUCUACUAAAGGAUAUAGGAAUAGUGGAAUGAGAAACAGCUACUACCUCUAAGGCCAAUGGAAGCAAACUUAGAAGCUCCCCUUCCARCCUCACAAAACUAAAUUCAGACCUCACUGGAUAGGUUGUACUAAUCCAGAGGCAUACUAGAGCCAGUCUGUACAGGCUUGCAAGAGCCAAUUUUGCACAUCACUGCCUAAAUCUGCACUAAAAUUAGCUGUGAUGCAACAAUCAGCAAAUGCAACAAUCAAGAAUUUUUUGGUAUGCAGUUGGUUAAAUAUUUACCAACAGCACUAGCUAUGGCCCACUGGAUGAAUGGUUGACAUUCACUGAGAUGUAGCAGUCCAAGACUGAUGAGCAGGAAGCCACUAGAUGAGGUAUCAGUGUGUGCCACUGGAUUUCCUGGACGCUGCUGGCAGCUGUACUCUUGUCUAAUGCCCUUAAUUAUCAAAACCUUCCAUUGUACCACCUGACAAAGGGGAAAUGUUUACAGGUCCAGCUGUAGUAAAGCAGAACAAAGAAUGGUGGAUUGAAGCUAGGAGUCAAUAAAUUGAUCAUUGGCCUAUAUUUUAAACUCAUGUCCAUCUCAGGACCUCCAUCUUUGUUCUCUGCCCCCCCUGCAUAUUUUCCACCUUAUGAUUAUGU